AUGCAGCCAGAUGCUGCCACUGCCAACUACAACCUCGAUGUCCUGCGUACCUUCCGCGGCAAGCGUUUCCAGGAGAGCAUCGAUAAGAACCCUUACUUCGCAUACCAACCCUUCACGGGCAUGGCUGUCUCCCAGGCCGCUUUCACCUUCAUCUACCGGUUCAUGGCCAACCAUUCUGCCGAGUACCCCGAAGGUCGCUUGAACAAGGAUGUCCUUAAGAGCUUCUACUCCGUCACUGGCGAUAGCAACAGUCUCAAAUGGACUCCCGGCCACGAGCAGAUCCCAUACAACUGGUACCGCCGUAACACGGCCGAUGCUUACACGAUCCCAUACUUCCUCACCGACAUUCUCUACUUCUCCAUGACCAAUCCCCAAAUCAACUCUGUAGGCUGCAACCAAGGUCGUGUCGACUCCUACAAUACCAUCGACGCUGCCACUCUGUCUAACGGCGCUUAUACCGCCGCGCAAGCCGCUGCGAACCCCGUCUGCUUCGCGACCGAGUUCGCCAUUGCUGAGAUUCCCUCUCUCACGGGUCUUCCCGCCACCGCUGUGGCGCCUUUGACCAAGACGCUGCAGGGCCUUACCAGUGGACUCAAUUGCAAGGCGAUUGGCAGCGUCAAUCAAACUGCCCUGUCUAUCUGCCCAGGCUUUGCGUUUUAUGGUGGACCUACUGGGCCUGUUGCUCCGGGUGCCAUUCAGUCCUAG